AUGGAAGCUAAUACUAGCAAAUGCUCAGUGUAUUUUGGUGGAAUUGAUGAAAGCUUGAAAAAUCAUAUUUGCAGCUACCUGGGCUUCUCGGAGGGUAGCUUGCCAAUGAAAUACUUGGGUCUUCCACUCAAUGCUAAGAGGCUCUCAUACCUUGACUGUUCUACUCUCAUUGACAAGAUAUCAAAUAAAUUUCAAUCCUGGCAACAUCAAAGACAGUUAUCUUAUGCAGGAAGGCUUCAACUUAUAAAAUCAACUAUCCUGGGAAUUCAAACUUACUGGAUCAGUAACUAUAUUCUACCAUUCAAAGCCCAGGAAAAAAUAGAUAAACUGUGCUCCGAUUUCCUUUGGGGGCAUAAGAUUCAUUUGAUAUCCUGGAAUACUAUCUGUCAAAGCAAGAAGAAUGGAGGUCUGGGUCUAUUCUCAGCUAAGGCUUGGAAUUUUGCUGCUGCAACUAAACUCUUAUGGAUGAUACACUUGAAAAAAGAUUGGUUAUGGAUCAAAUGGAUACAUGGUAACUACUUACAAAAUCUGAAUAUUUGGCAAAUUCAAAGUAAAGUGAAUGAUUCAUGGAUGUGGAAACAGCUUCUCAAAGUUAGAAAUUUGGUCCUUGAAAGAUUUGGAAAUGAAGAUAACUUGCACAGAUUCAUGUAUGACUGCUGUACAAAUGGUAAAGUUCAUUUAUCCUCUGUGUACUAUGCUUUAAUUCAGUCUUCCUCUCUAGUGGGUUGGUCUGACACAGUGUGGAAAGGAUAUCAAUAUCCUAAGCAUUCUUUUGUUCUAUGGUUAGCUUGCCACUCCAGACUCCUCACUAUGGACAGAUUGUGCCGUAUGGGUAUUUUGGAGAGUGAAAAAAACCGAUGUGUUCUCUGUUCUAGAAGCCAACCUGAAACAACUAAACACCUAUUCUUUGAGUGUCAGUAUGCUGCUGAAAUUUUGAAUGAAGUGAUGGAUUGGAUGAAUUUUCCAUGGAAAUCAUGUGAUUGGACUCAAGUCCUUAACUGGUUUUCUUCUAACUUGAGGGGGAAGGGAUUCUUGAAGAUGAUGAAGAGGAUGGCACUCUCAGUUACAAUAUAUAUGAUAUGGCAAGAAAUGAAUUUAAGAAUAUUUCAAGGAAAAGCUAGAGAGCCAAGUAUCCUAUUCCGAGUAAUCAAAGUUUCCAUCUUCUCAAAAAUUUUGAAUGAAUCUAUACCUGUUCAUAUGAAAGAUAGAAUUGAGAAAAUGUAA